GAGUGUGUUUGUCGUUUUAGUAAGAUUCGUGCGUCGAUAUUGAUGUAAAGAUAGUUUGUUUUGUAUGAAAUUCAAUGCUGUUGAAGUUUUUCUGAAUUAAAGUACCCCCAAACAUUUAUUCUUCACGUAUCUAGAAACUAUCCAACUGUAGUGCGAUAGGAAUAUGUGAAAAUUACUAUUUUAUGAACGAAAUGUGUUUAUAAAUAUUGAUUUAUUUGUUAAUGUUUCUAACAAUGUUCUUGUGUGAAUGUAGGUAAUCUUGAAAUUUACUAGAAAACUGUUGUGAAUUAAGUAACAAAAAAAUGAAACAUUUAUUGCUUUAUUUUAAUGGCGUGCUCUGAGAAGUGAGGAGUGUAGCUUUCUUAGAUAAAAUUCGACCGUGCUUGUAGUGUUUUUGUGUAUAACGAAAAUGGAGGGGACCACUGAGAAGGAUUGCUCGCCGUUAUGGAAUCUAUACCAGCAGAUUGUUUCGGAUAUGAAGAACAGUACUCCGAUGUGGGAGGAGUUUAUAUCCAAAGCAACGAAGCUACAUUCAGCACUGAAAUCUGCGUUAGUCGCCAUUGCUGCGUUUCUGGACGCGUUUCAGAAGAUAGCAGACGCUGCGACCAAUGCUAGAGGUGCAACGAAGGAGAUCGGCACAGCCCUGACGCGGGUGUGCCUUCGACAUCGCGCCAUCGAAACCAGAAUGAAGACUUUCAUAAGUGCUCUUAUGGAGACCAUGAUAACACCGCUGUCUGAACGCGCGGAUGAUUGGCGGCGCGGCGGCUGCGCCACGGGUGCCCUGAGCCGCGACCACGCGAGGGAAUGCAAACGCGCUCGAGCAGAACUCAGGAGGAGGAUGACGGAAGCGCAGCGCCACGCCAGGAAAGCCAGGAGAGCACCGCCCGACGCUAAACGAAGGGCCGACGUUUGCAUGCAGGACGUUCAAGAACGCAAGCAGCAAUUGGAAGAAAUGGAAGAGAAGGCUGUUAAGGCAGCCUUGAUCGAGGAACGGAGCCGCUUCUGUCACUUCGUGUCGCUGCUCAACCCUGUGGUGGAGUGUGAAGUGGCAAUGCUAGCGGAGCUCGGUCACCUUCAAGAGGGAAACGAUCAGCUAAUACGACACACCGCCGAACCGAGAACCUUGCCGGCGGCUAGUUUACAAGUUAUUUGCGACGUCAAGUCGUGUGCGAGCGGCUGGGAGUGCCAGUCGGCCCCUCACUCGCCCUCCUCGUCCCGUCACGGCAGCCGCAAGUCAAGUCUCACGUCUAUCUCGUCACUAAACAGUCACUGCUCCGAACAUCACGGCGUCUCAGGAUCGACGGUGAGCUGUUCCACCCCGAUAUCCAAUGCGUCGUCCGGUACAAUGCCCGGACACAACAACAGCGAUCAGCUGUCCCAGUCGACGGCACGUUUGUCGAGCGUGUGCAGCGCCGACUCCGGAUUCCGUUCCCAGGACGCUUUACAACGACGUUCGCUCUACGUCGACAAUGGAUCUGACAAUCAAAGCGUUAGCAGCGAGUGUCUGACGCCGGCGAAGGGUGCUCUGGAAGAUGAAGACAAGGACGACAGCACACACGAUGUCGCCAAUGCAGCGUCGGCAACGUGGCCAGAUCUAAAGGACACGGCGCAGUUUGAGCGAGCCGCCUCCGCCAUCAUGGGGGGUCGACCCCACACCAUAUCGGCCGCCUACGAAAGGAACCAUCCUCGUCCCGCUCUCAGCGUACACACGUUCUCCUCGGACGCCGAGCAGAGGGAAGGCGGUAUUUAUGCUCGCCCACCGUUGCCCACUAGAUGUUCAUCCUUGGAGCGACCCAGCGUGCCGGUGAAGCUGAUCAACGCGAACUCUCCGCAGCAGGACUUCAAGCACAACAAGCCUUCGUCGCUACCGCCGCACCUCACUAAGGAGAUGCCGCAAGCAGUCUACGUGAACAUGUCGGAGCUGGCUUCGCUGGCCGCCUCCCGCGCCCACGCCCUCAGCGAGCAGCCGCACCAGGAGAAGGUGUGUUCAGAGAGCAGUGCUAGCGAAUCGUCUUUAGAGUCGUCAAGCGGCUACGGAAGUCAAGGAGCCUUCGCUGCCGAAGACCUCACAAUUCAGCAUCAAGUCCAGCACGCAGACGUCGAUUCUGAGAUCGUAACGCUGCGUCGCGCCACCGAAGCUUCCGUAGCGGCCGCGCGCGAGAGCUUUUCGAUAUCCCUCGGGAGUCUCGAGGAGGCGGUGAGGUCGCUCGACGCGGCCUGCGACUCUCCCCCCUUCGCCACCAUCGGGAAGAAACCGGCCGUGCCCAAGCGGCGGCCCCUGUCAAUGACAGCGACGGUGUGGUCGAGGCGUGGUUCCUCCAGCUCGCUCGGGAAGCCGCCGCCCCCAGUGCGCCGGUCCUCCUCCAUAUCGCGACCUCAACGACCGGCCUAUGGACAGACAAACACCCAGAGCCCCCCAAUGGGGCCAACGGACGCCGACAACCUUCCGCCGCCACCGGCUUUCUUAUUGCAGCCUGACGGCGAAACUAAUCAUGGACAGCAACCCACCAACGUGGCGGAGACCGUGAAGCAACUGACCGAGUUGAAGCACACGCCUGCUUCCCCUGGUCUGGUGCGACGUAGCGUCCAACAGCUAAACUCCACGACCUCGCCCGCCCAGACCGCGCUCUCCCUCAGCACGUUCCAGCAGGCCAAGACCGGUUUCUCGUCGACGGUCAACGUCAGCAACACUGGGAACCUGAACCCAAUCUACGGACAGACCGGCCACCGGAUCAUGACUUACGUGGAGAAUUCAGCGCACGCGAGGAAGACCAGCAUGUCCGGUUCCAACUCGGAUAUCUUCAAGGAAGCUAAUAUUGGUCCAAUGUUCACGGAGGGCCGAGGCUCCCCGCAGGGCUCCACGCCCUCGACCCCGAGCCACAGCGACAACUCGCUGUCGAGCUUCGGGCUCCGGAGUACCAGCGAAUCUCACUACGGACAGACCGGCUUCAAGCUGCAGCAAGAGAAGAAGUACGGUCAGAGCAACAGCAUAUACGCGCAGCCGUCGCAGCUAAUGGGCGGCUACAACAACCCGCGCCUCGACACCAGCCCGCUCGCGCUGCGGCGCGGCAUCGCGGCGCGCUCGCACAGCGCCGACACGCAGCGGACCAGCGCAGAGGGCGGGCUGAUCGCGAGUCUGAGCGCGAAGCUGGCGCCGCAGCUGUCCCCGCGCGCCCCGCGCCGCGCCGACCCCGCCAAGGGGAAAGGUACAGUGCCAAUUGCGGUGCAGCCCGCGUUCUUGGACAAGCUCUCGGCGACGAUACAGCAACAACGAAGACAAUUGAACUCGACCCGAGCCAGCAAUGUACGCGAUAUUAUCAACGCACACGCGCAGCCCGAUCCGAGGGUGUGCCACACGUCUCUGAUGGAGCAGAUCAAACGAGGAGCGACCCUGCGUCGGAACAAGCACUGCAACGACAGAUCAGCACCGAAAAUACGCUAAACACGAAAACAGACAAAGGAAAUGAUACUUUAAACGCAUACGCGAUAAGGUAGAAAUUUGACUGCUAUAUUUUGCGAAACAUUAAUGUGCAUGCAGUGCUCUAACACAGAGCAUUGAAUGGAUCAAUACGUUAAUAUGAUUACAACUUAAAUAUGUAGAGAAAUAAGUUCGAAUUUUGAUUGGUGUUAAAAAUAGCAAUGGCAGUACGAUCAAUAUCGAAAGUCUAUUCAGAACUUGAAACGUUCUUAUCCUACUUGUUAUAAGGUUGAAAAUUGUGCGGUAAAUCUAUGUUAUUUAAAUAAUGUAUUAUCCUCACGUAAACGGGAAACUAGGUUCAUUGAAGACUCGCAUUACUGAGGACAUAAGGUCGUUUAUCGUGUAAAUGGUUUCCCAUCUUAGAAACUGGAGAGCAUUACUGCUGCGGCCAAAAAUAGGCAGGAUGAUAAAUCUUACUCCUAAUAUAAAAACAGUUGUUCUGUUAUUUUUUUAACACGCAAUGGAAAGCGUAUGGAGGAUCCGAGUUUAUUAAUACAUGUACAUACUACAUACACACACAUACAGACACAAAAACGCAUGUUAAAAAGAAAUUUCCAAAAAAAAAAGUCUUUUUACAAAUUACGAUUCCGAUAUCAAGAUAUCGUUUUACACAUUCCGUUAUGUCGGAUGCUUCACGACAUUCGUCAUCUCGAUGCCUCCAAUGAACACUACUAUAACUCAAAAUUUUGAAAUUUUCGUUUUUCACGCAAAUCGCUUCACUAUUUUAAAAGUAUUACAAUUAAUCAUUAUUGAUGGGGUUCGAAGCAAGAGUAAAUCAGCUGGUUACACAAGAAAAACCAUAAAUGUAUCUGCAAUAAUAAAGGUUUUAUCAACUUUUGGAACGAAGUUCCUUAUCGCGCGUU